AUGGCACGAACUAGAGGCGCUAAGUCUUCUUCUCCGUCUGCCCGAAAGCCAGCGCCGCGCGAGGCGCCUGUGCAAGCCUCAACCACUGAGCCGCCGUGGCCAGAAAUUGCUCCGCCUCCUCAAAAGCCCGCUCCAAAGAAGCACUCAGCCAAGCCCGUAGUUCAGACGCCUCCGGCGAAGCGCUACCUUACCAGGUCAGGGGGUCGUCCCCUCCAAAAGCGAGCUAGAGUGGAAAGCUCGGAACCAAUCGACUUGACAGAGCAAUCCCCUGUUCAAUCCCCUGUUCCUUCUCCAGAGCCAUCUCCUAUGCCAUCUCCGGCACCGCCGGCGAAGCCUCAAGCAAGCCAACCGCCACCUCCUAAGCCCCAAAUUUCGGCUGAACCAACUCCUGAAGUGAUUCUCAGGCGUCCAAUGCUCACUCAGCCACCAAUUGAAGGCAAUUUGGACUGCCGAGCUAGGCUAUUCCAUUCCGAGUUGUGUUUUGACACAGCUGCCUUCCAGUUGCGACCAGAACUUGAAGGAUCAUUCCAAUUGCUGUGCAGAUAUCGAAUGGAGCAGCUUCUGACCCCAUGA